AUUUCGGGAACUCGAAGCUGGAGUGCGGACAAUGACGUGGAGAAAAGGAACGAGAAGGCUCAUCCGUCCUCCUCUUUUCGGAUCCGACAAAGAAAGGGAAAAGGAAACCCGUCGGAUCUCGCGUUCUUUUGACGGCAGUCAGCGCCCUUCCUCGCCGUCUCUCUUUGGUGUGCUAGAAGUUUCCUAAAAUGGCAGAUGGUCAUGAAACUGAUAAGAAUAUUGAGAUAUGGAAGAUUAAGAAAUUGAUUAAGGCACUGGAAUCUGCAAGAGGAAAUGGUACAAGCAUGAUCUCUCUUAUAAUGCCACCACGAGAUCAAAUCUCUCGAGUCACCAAGAUGUUGGGUGAUGAAUAUGGAACUGCUUCAAACAUUAAAAGUAGAGUCAAUCGGCAGUCUGUGCUGGCUGCCAUUACCUCAGCACAGCAGAGGCUCAAGCUUUAUAACAAGGUUCCUCCCAAUGGGCUGGUUCUGUAUACUGGAACCAUAGUUACAGAGGAUGGAAAAGAAAAGAAGGUAACUAUAGAUUUUGAGCCAUUCAAACCCAUUAAUGCAUCACUAUAUCUUUGUGAUAACAAGUUUCAUACUGAGGCUUUAAAUGAACUUCUGGAAUCUGAUGAUAAGUUUGGAUUCAUAGUUAUGGAUGGAAAUGGAACACUUUUUGGCACUUUGAGCGGCAACACACGUGAGGUGCUUCACAAAUUCACUGUGGACCUUCCAAAGAAGCAUGGACGAGGAGGGCAAUCAGCACUACGAUUUGCUCGGCUUCGGAUGGAGAAGCGUCAUAACUAUGUGCGAAAGACAGCUGAGCUUGCCACCCAAUUCUUCAUUAAUCCAGCUACAAGUCAGCCGAAUGUUGCUGGGCUAAUUCUGGCUGGUUCUGCUGAUUUUAAAACAGAAUUAAGCCAGUCGGACAUGUUUGAUCCACGUCUUCAGGCCAAAAUACUUAAUGUAGUUGAUGUUUCUUAUGGAGGAGAGAAUGGCUUCAAUCAGGCCAUUGAGUUGUCUGCGGAAAUUCUAUCAAAUGUGAAGUUUAUACAGGAAAAGAAAUUGAUUGGGAAGUAUUUUGAGGAAAUAAGCCAAGACACUGGGAAGUAUGUUUUUGGUGUGGAUGAUACUCUUAAAGCUCUUGAAAUGGGUGCUGUGGAGACCUUGAUUGUUUGGGAAAAUCUGGAUAUCAACAGAUAUGUGUUGAAGAACAGCGUUACUGGAGAAAUCAUCAUAAAACAUUUGAACAAGGAUCAAGAAGCUGACCAGAACAACUUCCGUGAUCCGGCUUCAAAUGCUGAAUUAGAGGUGCAGGACAAAACUUCCCUGCUUGAGUGGUUUGCCAAUGAAUACAAGCGUUUUGGUUGCACCCUCGAGUUUGUUACCAACAAAUCUCAGGAGGGCUCACAGUUCUGCAGAGGGUUUGGUGGCAUUGGUGGAAUCUUGCGUUACCAGCUUGAUAUAAGGUCGUUUGAUGAGCUGUCUGAUGAUGGAGAGGUGUUCGACGACUCUGAUUAGGAAUCAGCUCAACCCAUCAGCAGAGAUGGCCCUGGGAAUGUCUGCAAUUGCCAUCAUUUGCACCUAGUUUUGUUCAAUUUUGCAUGAUUCCUCCAUAAGCUAUCAAGAGUUUGUUUAUCACCUAAGCAUGGUUGCAUACUAGACUGUUGCAUGUGGUAUUGCUCAAGUUUUGUAAGCAGCAAGACAUAGGUGCUUCAUACUUUCAGAAGCAGAGCAGCAUUCAUGAAUUACAAGUUAAUAUUUGGUUGGCCAGCUUGAUUUAAAACUCACGAAAACCCAAGAUUUCUUUGUGAUUGUGGUGCUGAAAGAGGUUUUGUGGUUACCUGUGGUUUGUUUGGUCUCUUCAUAUAGGUCUCAAGGCACAUUGGCAACUUUCAUUCUGUUCUAUUUUGUUUAGUGUCUGUCGCCAUGAUUUCUGUUACCGGAGUUGCUUGACUGAGCGUUCACUUUAAACUUAAACACUUUGCAAUUAGUUAAUUUGUGCUUGAGUGUCAUUCCUGAUGAA